UUUUGACAGAUGUAUUUUGUUUUGAGUCACAGUGACACAGCAACAGCUGACUAGCAUGUUUGUUAAGAGCUUCGUUACGGUCGUGACUCGUGAAUUUGUCUCAAUUAUUAGAUAUUCGUUGUAAUUAAGCUUAGCUACUAUAUGACUUUUUAUUUUGCCCAACAUACGGCAUUUCGGACUAUUUGUGUUUUUCUAUUUGCGGAACCAGAACGAAAUAUAAUAACUUAACUAGUUACGUUAGAUAACACUACGUCAGCYAGUCGGAUAGCUAGCUAGAUAAUACUAGCUAGCUAGUUCGUACACAUUGAAGACAACACAGCACUCAACCUAAUUUUACACCACCAAGCUGAAUUAUGGAUCCAAAUAACACCUCGUACGCUGUGAAACUGUACGUUUACGAUAUAUCUAAAGGAAUGGCUCGCCAGCUGAGCCCCCUCAUGCUAGGUAAACAGCUUGAUGGAAUAUGGCACACUGCUAUUGUUGUACAUGGAGAGGAGUUUUUCUAUGGGGGAGAUGGCAUCACAAACUGCCCACCUGGCGGAACGUCCCUGGGACAACCCAACUCCAUAAUAGACCUGGGCACCACAGAGGUGACUGAGGAGAUCUUUAUGGAGUACCUGUCUUCACUGGGAGAGUCCACGUACAGGGGGAACCAAUACCAUCUGUUUGAGUGGAACUGUAACACGUUCAGUAACGAAGUGGCCCAGUUCCUCACCGGCAGCAAGAUCCCUGCCCACAUCACAGACCUGCCGGCUGAAGUGCUCUCCACGCCUUUCGGCCAGGCGCUACGCCCUCUACUGGACUCCAUCAAUAUUGCACCUCAGGGGGGCAACACCUUCAACGGACACUAUGGCCAGAGAUAGACCAGAGAUAGACCAGAGAUAGACCAGAGAUAGACCAGAGAUAGACCAGAGAUAGACCAGAGAUAGACCAG